AUGAUCAGCUCAUCCGACCGACAACCUGUGGAGGAUGUCACCUUGUGGAGACAAGGCGUACGCGUCGAAGGGACCCUCCACCUAACCUCCCACCACCUCAUCUUCAGCUAUCCACCCCCUCCACCCACCGACCAAGCUCCAGCUGCAAAGCCACGUCCGCGCGAGCUAUGGAUAACUUACCCUAUGAUCGCCUUCUGCACCUACCGUCCCGCUCCUCCAGCAUCCCACCAGGCGCCAUCCAUACGCCUGCGAUGUCGUGACUUCACCUUCGUAGCUUUCCAUUUCCUCUCUGAGGGCAAGGCGCGCGAUGUCUACGACAGUAUUCGGUCCCUUACGUGUAAGCUGGGAAGAAUAGAAAAGCUGUACGCUUUCAGCUACAAGCCGCAGGGUCCAGAGCGAGAGAUAAACGGGUGGGACAUAUACGACGCAAAGCGGGAACUGAAGCGGCUAGGCGUCAGCGCAAAAGACGUUGACAAGGGGUGGAGGAUAUCGGAGAUCAAUGCGGACUACCAGUAUUCGCCCACGUAUCCAGCUGUGCUCGCUGUUCCGUCGGCAAUCUCUGAUAAUGUCCUGAACUACGCUGGAAAGUAUAGAUCGCGAGCAAGAAUACCCGUCCUCACCUAUCUGCAUCCCGUGAACAGUUGCUCGAUCACACGGAGCUCACAGCCGCUUUCUGGCGUUGCCCGAAACCGAAGUGUGCAGGAUGAAAAGUUAGUCGCGGCAAUCUUCUCGACCUCCAAAGCCGAGGUUGAGUCACUCAGCUCUUCAACAUCUACCAGUAAUUUCUCCGAUAUAGCUCCGACAACGAACACUGCACCUGCGCCUCCAUCCAGUAGCGACAGUUCGUUUGUCGCUCCGGAAGUUGUUGAGGAUGAAGCGAUUGAUAGCGUACGGGAGGCUUCCGGCGCAACGGCGCCGAGGGUGUACGGUGCCCAGCAGCACAAUCUCAUCGUCGACGCCCGGCCGACAGUAAACGCGUACGCGAUGCAUGUCGCAGGGAUGGGCUCAGAAAACAUGGACAACUACAAGUUUGCGACCAAAGCUUAUCUGGGAAUUGACAAUAUACACGUGAUGCGAAACUCGCUAAACAAAGUUAUUGAAGCACUCAAGGACUCCGACGUCACGCCGCUACCACCAAACCGCGAGCAGCUAGCGAAGAGCGGCUGGCUAAAGCACAUCACAGGCCUGCUAGACGGAGCCGGCCUGAUCUCGCGCCAAGUCGGCAUACAUCAUUCCCACGUCCUAAUUCACUGCUCCGACGGCUGGGACCGCACAAGCCAACUCAGCGCUCUCAGUCAACUCUGCCUAGACCCCUACUACCGCACCCUCGAAGGCUUCAUCGUGCUCGUCGAGAAAGACUGGGUCUCCUUCGGCCACAUGUUCCGCCACCGGUCCGGCUUCCUCAGCCACGAAAAGUGGUUCGAGAUCGAGAACGAGCGCAUUGCUGCCGACCGACACAGCACGAACGGCACCAGCAAACCGCACGGCUCGACGGCGGGUAAUGCCCUCGAAAACGCGCUCCUCAGCGCCAAAGGCUUCUUCCACAAGAAGAACGACAGCCGCGAAUCCCUCGGUGAGUCGGACGGCGAGAUGCAGUCGAUGGAGGCCUCGCCCUCGGCAACGAGAGAUAGCUCGGCCACCCGCGCGGCGGCGGAGAACAAGGUCGUCACGAAGCCGAAGGAGACAGCGCCGAUUUUUCACCAGUUCUUAGAUGCGACGUACCAGCUCCUGUACCAGCAUCCGACGCGCUUCGAGUUCAAUGAGCGCUUCUUGAGGAGGCUCCUCUACCACCUCUACUCCUGUCAGUACGGCACGUUCUUGUACGACAGCGAGAAGCAGCGCGUGGAUGCCAGAGUCAAGGAGCGCAGCCGCAGCGUCUGGGACUACUUCCUCGCGCGCCGCCAGAUGUUUGUUAACGAGAAAUAUGACCCGGCCGUCGACGACACGGUUAAGGGCCAGGAGCGACUGCUGUUUCCACGCCUCGGUGAAGUGAGAUGGUGGGCUGAGGUCUUCGGCCGCACGGAUGCCGAGAUGAAUGGCCCGGCUGCUGCAGGCGGUGCGGAAGCCCUCCAGGAUGAUGCGGAUCUGCCGGUCUUGACGGGCGUGGAGAGCGCGGAGGCUGUGGUCGGUUCGACGGCGACGAGGCAGCCGAGAGCUGAUGGACGGGCGUCUAUAGGAGCGUCGACUUCGGGACUGGCGGCUGGGUUGGCGUCGUUGGGUAUCGGCAGCUCUGCCAGUCCAGCUAGGCCGAAGAGUCCACGGGGGCCGGCCCCGAUGGAGGUCGAGAUGCAGUAA